AUGCGCCCAUGCAGUAUAACGACUUUGUUGCUUGCGAUCAUUUCCUCAAUUCUGACUGGGAUUUGUGGAGUGUUUCCGGUGCUCCUAAUUAGGCCGUCCAAUAAGUCUUCCUUUGACACAAAAAGUUUGCAUAAGCGUCCCAUGCUACAUAAUACUUUUAGUUCUGAAUAGAUGGUUAAGCUUUGCUACCGGCAGUCUAGUUGGCGACGUCUUUCUGCACUUGCUUCCUGAGACCUGGUUGCAUUCAGAAGGUAAAAGCAUGCAUUUUCCAUUAUCUUCAGGCUGUGCUUUGCCCUGGGGGGUCGGCUUGAUCGGUGGCAUUGUAAUUUUUCUAUGCGUGGAGAAGAUCUCCUCAUUAUACGAGGAGUCCUUACGAAUCCAGGUUUUUGCGUUCCUCCGUCUAACUUUGCUGUUUCAGGCUAGCCCUUCCGUCCAACACAACGGCCUCGUAAUUCGAACAAAACACGAUCACCCCACUUCCUCUAAUUGCUCUCAGGCAAAUUCUUCCUGAAUUAACUGUCGUAGAUUAUCGGUUAUUUGAAUUUAGCUGCAAAUGCUACCGAUAACUUUACACAUGGACUGUCCAUUGGAGUCAGUUAUUUGGCCUCAAAUAAAGUACGUUCCAUCCUUUUUUACGACUAGCUCAUUCCCCCGCGUACUCCUUCUAGGAAAAACUAGUACUUACGUUAUUAAACUCAUCACCGGAUGCGAAAUUGCUUUUUAGAUCUAUCCUCGGGUGUAAGCCCUUUCGUUAGCUUAAUUUUGAGUCUUCGCCCCGCUGAUGUCCGCUUCCUACGAGGAAGAUUCCACCAGUUGUCGACUCAGCUGGUCACGCAGUCGACGAAAAAACAAUUGGGCAGCUUCAGGGCAUUUUAGUUACAGCCACGUCCGUAGAAAUAGUGCGAAGGUGGACUGCAGCUAUCGGAAAAAUUUUGUAGUAGCGGCGAGGCAACAGGGCAGCUAAACCGUGCUUUUAAGUCGACCGCACACUCUUUGUCAAGGAGAGUCAUAACCUAAGCCGGCAUCUUUGUCUCUAACGUAAUUUGCAUGUCAAUGUCAACUUUCCUGAGGACUGCGUACACUUCAACUACAGCAUUGCUAUUUAUUCUUUCCAGGUAUGUGGGCAUUUCAUUUAACGAGCUUCAUCCGGUGAAUGCCGUGCCAAGCAGCUUAUUAGCGGAAUAUCAAUGGUGCAUUCAGUUUGUCUGCCGCUGCAAUUUCUCUUUAGCUAACAGACUAAGUCGGCAACCCUACUGCAUACAUGCUUGUGGGAGGUUAAUUUGCUUGUCCUCGAUUGAUUCUAAACACCUUUGCUUCAUACCCACUUUAUUUACAGAGGUUCUUUUACGCGUUGUAGAAGUAAGCUUCCAUGUGAAAGUUCGGCUUUUUACUUUUUCGUCGUUUAUGUUGGGUGUUUUGCUAGUUUCCACUGGAAGGCUUUUCCGCCGUUUUAUUAGCCUAACGUUUGGACCUUUACACAUCCCAGCCUACACAUUUGCUAACUGCUAUGUGAAGCGUAGCACUUUCAACGCUAUUUUUUGCUUUUGUGUUGGCCACCAUCUGUUUAAUGUAACAAUCCCAAAUUUGGUUUUCCCAUUGCCAAUCUCGAAUAUGUAGACUUAACUGCACAGUAUUGCCUGUUUAUCGCUCCUGUUCUUGUGUUUGGAGAUGUUGUGUGACCACGGCCGAGUAAUCUCUUUGCACUGACUUUGUCGGGCUUUCUAGAUACUCAAUAUAGCUCUUGGCCAGGUGCCUGUCCGUUUGGCAGCUCGUUUUACUAAUACUACUAGCUAUUAUACGGUUUAGCCUUUGUUACAACGACGGAUUUCCAGCUUGGGUCAUCGUCCGUUUAAGUCAGGCUUCCCGCCAACUUUAACAUUAAUUAAGGCAUAUCUGCAUACUAGCACUAUGCGAUUACAUUCUGCAAUCUCACAAGGGGUCUAAAGUAAGCGAAACCUUUUUCUUUGUCGUUUAAUUGUUCAUUAAGCACCAACCACUUCUCUUCUCCGCUAUCGCUAACUGGUGCUUGAUGAAAGUUUCGGGACUUGGGUCUUUAAUUCAAAGCGCCAUCUUUUUGCCAGUGCGGACUCCUGACCACAUCUUGCAUCCUGAUCCAUGAAGUGCCCCACGAGAUUGCAGACUUUGUCAUACUUCUCCGCAGCGGAUUUACUCGCUGGACUGCCGUCAAGGCUCAGGUAUGUCCCCCCCUCUGCCAUGCGGAGGUCAUUUGUCUAUUUUAUCGAGGCUUAUUCCACUGAAUCAUUUGUCUUUCAUCUUCCGCAGCUUUUGACGGCGUCAACAUGUCUUAUGGGCACUCUGUCAGUUCUCCUCGUCAGCUCCGACAGUAAGGGUAUGUUUUAUGGAGGCAUUUUAAAGAAAAUAAUUCAAUCUUCUACUGGAAUGUUUAUUGUUACUUUUCCUGACGAACGUUGGGUUGGCCAGUCCACCAGUCCAUAUUCCUCGGACAUAAUCAGGGGAGAUUUUUUUUAGCACGGGAGUAUGCCAUUAUGCAUUUGCUAGACUAUAAAAUAUCUUGGAGUAAUUUGGUAAUUUAUUACCUUUUCCUAACUGCGCGUGAGUCCACUAAGAUAAAAGUAGUCGCUCUUCAGGAACGCAUUAUUUCGUGUAAAAUUCAUAUCGCGUCGCGCAAAAAGACUGACCGAUAUUGUGCUGAUUACAAGACCAUCAAAGGAAUUUUAUGUAAAUCUUAGUUCUACAUCUGGGGACGUUCCGCUGUUCACGAUGACUAGUUCGUCAAUCUUUUAACGUUUAAAUUUCGUCAAAAUACUUUUCAUAUAGACUUGCUCACGGAGGAUUUAUCCAAAAACAGUUCGGCGCCGUCUGUAUCCUUUUUAAAAAGUGUUCGGAGUACCUUACUACUGCUCGGAUUGGUUUGUCGAGUCUGGCGCCGCCUUCCAGUAGGACUUCGUCACUGACCGUCGCCUCACAGAAAAAGGUGACAAGACAAGGUGACCUCGUCUUCCUUUUGUCCCCGCGAAUUCCAAUGAGAACCCAAGGUUUACGCGGCCCGACUCAUGCGUCCGCGUUCGUUAGAAUCGACGAAAUUGGAUCUCCAAUAGUGGAUCAGAUAUCAGCUACGUCGGCUGACGUCAUCCGACAAAUUAGGAAAAAUCGGUGUGACCUGCUAAAAAGUCCAUUGAUUAUGCGUAUUUCCUCUACCUGCGGUGUUUUCAUUGUCCGCUGGACGUUCGGCCAAUCCAGGCACCUCAAUUGGACACUGUCCACAACUUCUGCUGCAGUAUCGUGUAUACCAACUCCGGCGGGCAAGAGUCGCACUUGGAUCGCGCUAAAGGACGAGCCAUGCGCUCAUUACAUGACAACCUAUCCAUCCGAAAUAAAUGUAGUUCUAGUAUUACCGACAAAGACAAGGGUAAUACUAUUCUGCCUAUAUAUCAUGCGCCGCUGUGCGGCUGCUGGUUGGGCUCGAGAGAGAGUCCAUAAGGCACAACGGAACGAGUGAGUUCCGUAUGAACGAUCGGUGAGCGCCCCCUAACAAAUGUAGUUCUUGUUAAUGUCUUCACGUUCGUGGCAGAGGAAAACCAAAGUAACGAGCUCUGCGGCUCUUUUCGUGAAGUUAUCCGUUUUCUUGGACGUUUUUGGAAAUUUUUGCAGCAUUUGAAUUCCUGAACCGGUAAAAACUAUCCCAAAUACCCACCAUGUCGUCGAAGAACUCAUACUUAGUAGUUGACUUGCUAGUGACGAUCAAACAUAUAAAGUAGAAGAAUUGUUCGGAGAUUGUAAUUUUUCCUACUUAAAUGUGUAAAGACCGCCUGAGUGUCUCCAUGACAAAUGUAACUGCGUCAUUUUUAAACUUGCGGUAUGACCAACAGCUUAUCUCCACUCAACAGCAUGACACAUUAGUCAAAUUGUUUAACAGCAAUCCCCAAUGUCUGUGCUCUUCGGAUUCUUCUCAUUUGAUUGUUUAUCACAACCUUUUAGACCUGAAUCUUGUAGUAACUUCAACGCUUCCUUUUUUGUUGGCCCAUGUUUAAGUAUGUGUCGGGUGGACACGACGCCUGCGGCGAUCGCUCAAAUAGCGUGGGCGGCCAUUAAGGAAAAAAACCAAGGGCACGUGUUCAAUCCCUCAGAUUCGUAAAGGGAGAGCCAAUCAGUAGGUAAGGUUGUCUGUCGCCGGGUGUAGAGAGUGCGUGUAUCGUUGUGUCCACACAAAUUUAACGUAGGCUGGCGCUGACCAAUAGUAUCCAGCGGUGCUUGGCCAGCAUAAUUUUUCGUCUGGGUCGUUGCUCCCUGCUGGUCUGUUUGCAAAUAAUAGGCUUCAGUGGAUGUACGAGGUCGCGAGGCCUCUUUCAAUGACCUUUCCCGUCCGUCCCUACUAUUUGCUUGUUGGUAAACAGUUCAUGUGCUUGCAAAGAGCCUCGUAUUUUUUCAUUUGACUAAUUUUUAUGACACUACAUAGACGGUCUUUUGGAUGCUUCUGUCAACGCAUGUCGGCUCACCUAGUUGGUAAACAACGCAUUCACUUAACUUUUCAACUGGCCGAUCUCGUUGUUUUGGUCUAGCUGAAGUUAAAACCCUGGAAGAUUUUUUGGCCGUGGUACAACCGCGGAGAAUGUGAAUAUGCCGCUUGUCAGGAGUUCUAUCAGUCUGCGCAAAUUCUACUAGAAAUGCUUACAGUCAUUAGAGCAAGGCCCCACUGACGACCAUGUAAUGUUGCUAAACUGACCUUUCCAAAACAAUCGACUCGGAUCCUCUGGCCUGAUGGUUAGAGUGUUGUGCUAUUUGCAAAUGUUCGGCUUCCGACCUAAUCUUAUCAAUUUUUCCUUGGUGAGGCCUACCAACGUCUGUCGGAAAGAAAAGUAUCAUAGCUGAGGUCCUUAUUACGGUUUGAGCUAAGGAUAAUUGGGAGAUUUCGUGCACACAGCCAUAAGGCUGAGCAGUCGUGUGUUAACAGCAGUGUUUGUAUAGUUACUCCCUUACGGAAAUUUGCUGAACGCGCGUCCAUUUUGGUAGCACAAUAGGCUAAAAAUUAUUUUUUUUCAGUGCAUUUAGUUUGCAUUCAUGGAGACAUGCGUUCUCGAUUUCUGUUCCCCCUCUGAGAUGUUCAAGAGCGGAAACAGGUUUGGACUGCAUUACUCAUACAAAAAUUGUUUAGGCAUUCCUUCGUAUCAGGAUUGUUUGAAGCCGCAAGUCUUCAAACAACGUCACACUUUGGUAGGCCGGUCGGCAAGUCGUUAGUGCUGGAGAGACCGGGAAGGGUGCGCAGUGCCAAUUCACGGGAACAACUAAGCGGCGCAGUGGGGGGAGGAAGCAGGCGAAUGAGGUGGUGUUGCUGCCGUCAUUGCAGGGAGGGGGGGGGGGGCGGGGCGACAUGGUCACUCAGCUCUUUCAGCACUCUGUUGGUCGUGCAGUCCUUGGCUGAUGAUUUUCAACUAUGAAAUUGAGAAACAGGGACUUCGCCACCCAUCAGGUCCGGACUGACAGUUCCAAACAUGAGGCCACAGGAACCACAGGUCGGGGUGAAGCGGAGAUCCAAUUCACUUCCAUUGGCGAUUGAGACAUCAGGCGAAAUUCAUCAUAUAAUAGGAGCUAUGCACAUGAAUCCUUCAGCCUCUGAAGAUGCGCUGCCGAGAUUGCUACUCAAACUGUCAGACUCAGAAUGGACCUCUCCCAGUAAAUGUCCCGUUCCAGUCUGAUUUAUAGUCGAUUUUGGCCUCCACCCGUGACUCAACACGUGAAACCGCCCCACCCUUUAAGCUCCAUUAGUUCUUAGGAACACCAAUCAGUCCUGCCAGACCGCAUAUUUACGUGCAUUAGCUAGCCCAUCUCAAGAAAUGUUAGCCGAAAUUCUAAAAUGCAUUUAAAAUUAGGAAGCGUUACCUAGGGAUGGUUGUAAUAUUGAGUAUCGUGCAGCAUAAUCCUAUGAUAUUGCGACCAUGCCAGAAUGCCGGCCUUUCGUCCGCCAGCAAAACCCGAAGUUGGUAACAAGUGCCUGCUUAGGUAGUAUAAAUUUUGCCCCUUGAUUUUUCACGCCUUUAUAGAUACAAAUAUGUCUUGCGUUUUCUUGUGAAUGCGUUUUCUUAUACUCAUUUGAUAGCCAACCACCUUUUCUUCAAAUGCUAUACUCGAAGAAGAGCCUCUUUCGGCCUUAACCAAACUUGUAAUUAGUAGAUAUUGGCCACCUACAGUGUAGACCUAAUCUGCCUAAUUGCGGCUAUCCACCAAGUGUCUUGGCCCAAACUGAAGUGCUUAAAAAGUUUUGGACCGGAAUCCGGUAGUGAAGCGGUCUUUCUGCGCCGCACUACCAUUCACUGAUUCCUGUGCUCUUUUAGACGCACCCACAGUCCUCCCGUUCACCGCCGGUGGCUUUUUGUACAUCGCUCUGGUCUCUCUCUUGCCCUCACUCAUCAGGGAGAAGUGUCCCAGGUACGGUGUAAUCUGCUGCCUUUCUGUUUCCUCGUUAUUGAAUAGCGUGUUCGUCCAUAUGUAUGCAAACAACUCUUUUAACUUGAACUCACCGGCAGUUUAGACUUGUUCAAAUUCAAAGUAGAUCAACCUCUCAAGGACUUAAAGACGCCUUUUGUACGUCGCCUUUUUGUCCUGGAAUGUUCCUCUUUCAGUUUCCAUACCCUCUCCCGAAUCCACCAUUAGAGUUAUGACAAAUGCAAUGGGACAGUUUACUAGUCACGACCGGCGAAUCAAAUACACUGCGUGUUUCUGCAAAUGGUAACUUUACAUUGGGGCCGACCUGCCUCUGUGGGCUUGGCUGCGUCAGCCUUGGUAAGCUGACAGAAGGGGGGAAUGGCGUGGCAUAUUUCUUGGUGGGCAUUUUGCCAAAUUCUUGUGUCUCGAACAUCUCCCGGGUACGACUGGCUGACGACGACGAAGACGACCAAUAAGUCAGAAAUGGCCAUUCCGGCCUCCUUUGUCUUUGUCGGCAAUGUUGAUCUGUCAUCCGGUCGUCUUGUUGGCAGCAAAAUCGAAGGUAUGGCUGUUGCAGGUGGCUCGGCCUUCGGUCGACGUGUUUGUAUUUGUAGGACCGAAUCCCCAGUUUUCAUCCCCCACUAACAGCCUUUCCGCUGCUUCCAAUCACUUCAUAGCACGAAUAACCGAUAAUAACGGGAUCUACCAAUUUAUCGAGUUACUUCGUUAACAUAAGCAGCGUGUCGAAAGGGGAAAAACGCGGUCGUGUCAAAAAAUAGUGGAAUUCUGACCCAGUAAGCAGAUUUCUUCGAUUAUGGAGGGAGGGGUUGUGUGAGGGUCGGGACGAUGAGCGGCGUUGGGACGUUUUGAUAGAAAGACGUCUAAAAAGAGGGGUUUAGGUUGUGCGGCACGCUAAAGAGGGUAGGUUAACGAAGUGAAGUCCCUAGUCGCAGUGCAGGAGGGGGUAGGGGAACGGAGUCGUAAUGGUAAGUUCAACUGACCGGCGAUCUGCUUGGACUUUCGGUUACGUCAUCUACUGUGCCCGCACGAUCGUCAAGGCAAGGUCCACUUCCCGUCAGCGUUGCAGGUGCCAGCCAACAUUGGUGUUUGCAUUGACUGGUCUCCGAUAGCUGGCCUGUCUCGUAAAGUGCCAGUCGAAAUUCUAAAGUGCGCUUCCGAUUAGAAAGGAUCACUUAUGUAUUGUUAUAAUAUUGACUAUCGUGAAAUAUAAUCCCACGAUGUUUCAAUCACACCGGGAUGCCGGCUUUUGAAUGAGUUUCUUUCUGGUCGUUCACGAAAACUAGAAUCUAUAAAAAGACUACUUCAGAAGACGAAGAUGCAAUCACUGUUCCAGUGAUCGCAUCUUCGUCUUCUGAACUGCUAUCUGGAACUCGCCUGUUCGCUUCUAUCAAGACUACUUCAGUAGUAUGAACUUUCGCAUGGAUUUCGGACCCCCCGUAUGAACUCAAACCUAGUUUACAGAAAGCACGCACGAUAUAUUCUUUCUUGUGGUCAUUUGGUAGAAACAUGCUUCUUCAAAUGUUAGCAUAAGAAAAAAAGGCAUCUUUGGGUUUUGAAAAACCUCUCAAUUCCUGACUAAUUUUGAAUCCAGCCUGCAGUUACUCCUGCGUACAGGAUUUAAGAACUCCCUGCUAUAUACUUCCCGUUGAGGAAAAGUAUUUCUCAAUACUUUUAAGAAGACGUCAUACAAUGCUCAUACGGUUAUGCAGUGAGUGUUGACAGAUGCGAUGCUUUGUGGAUGGAAUUGAGAAGAUAUUUUUUAAACCAUGAGGUGCGCUCUAUUCGAACAUGAAAUUUGGAAACGACAUAAGUUUCUGCCAGGUGAGCACAGGAAAGAAUAGUUAUGCGCAUGCUUUCUAUAAAAUAUAUUUGAGUUUCGUUUUGACCCAACUGUGAAAAACUCGGUGCGUCGGUGGUAUUCGAACACCCGACCGCAAGGGGAAGGCUUCGUUACAGCCAACGCUCUGGCCACCUGGGCUACGAGGCCACACCAGGAGACGUAACUUUAAUCACGUCUGGGUUAAGUUACCCUCCUAACCUACUGCAACGUCUGGAAUCCACCAAAUCUGAUACAGUGAGCUGACUGCCCAAACAAGAUUUCCCAAGUAAUCCACCUAGAAUCCACCAGACGGCUAUCAGGCUCAUGUAAUUAAUAGCUGUUUUCGCUGUAGGCUGGGCGGGUAAACUUGACCCCAAGGUAAUGAAACUCGCGUCGUCCGGUGGGGCCUCGUGGCUCAGGUGGCUAGAGCGUUGGCUGUACUAAAGCCUUCCCCUUGCUGACGUGGGUUCGAAUCCCACCGAGGCACCGAGUUUUCCACAGUUGGGUCAAAAUGAAUUAUUUGAGCUCUGCCAUAACACCCAUGAAUAUUUAAGUUUAUAAGCUCACAAAAAAUAGGAAUGUAAAAAACCAUACUGCUGAAGUGGCCAUUUAGCGCCGGCUACGAUUUUUUCAGGUGACCGAAAAGAAGCUUAUUCAAAGGUCGGCAUCCUGGUGUGACUUAACUAUCUACUCGGAGUUAUGUCGCACACUAAUUCAUAUUACAACCUCACCAAAGUAGUCCUUUUUGAUUGCAAGCACGUUUUAGAAUUUCGGUUAACACUAUGUGAGAGAGGCAGCUACACUGACGUCACUUUGCCGUUGUGGUGGCUGUGUUUCCCAAAUCCCCUCUGGUUGCGACCUAAUGGUGGUAGGCGUGCAUUCCGCAGGGGUUUAAGUAGGUAGAAUGGCUGGUAGAAUGUCUUUGUCGGGAUUGCCAUUCUGCCUAUAUUAUGCGCAGCUGUGCGGCUGCUGGUUAGGCUCGAGAGAGAGCCCGUAAAGCACGACGGAACGAGUGAAUUCCGUAAGAACAAUCGGCGAGCGCCUCCUACCAUUGUUUAAGUAGGUCCCCGCCGCUCCUUUGUUAUUUGUCUUUCCUUCGACUACCGAGUGAUUCACCAUACGCGAACGCUGAGUAAAUCCUUCGGAACAAACCAAAAUUUUGCUCAGAAUUCGGAGUAAAUAUUUGUGUUGAAAUCCGCCAUUUACUGCGGAAAAACCGCACAAUAUUCGCAAGCUGCCGACAGGCAGUCGGUAGCGUACGAUUAAAUGAUUCAUCGUACUGACAGCGCAGUUAUUAGUUAAAAGUCCGCACACUCUCUCCCUCUCCCUUCACCAAACUUGCAUUGAUGCAAAUCAGUAUCAAGACGACUAGCCGUGAGCUCGGACGCGGGGGCCCACAAGACCGAACAUCCCCUCUACGCGCGCCACUCACGGUCUGGUUCUCCUCACAUGUACGAGGCUUCGAAAAUGGCGGCCCGGAUCUCACAUCAGUAAGAGUGCCACGAAGGAGGACCACUGCGACCUGACUUUCGGUCCUCAUAGGAACAAGUUGCCCGUCAGUUGGCGAACUUCCAGACCACGACUCUUUGCACGUUAGAUUUAUUAUUAGUGAAGAGUGCCCUGAUGUGCCGUGAGGGGGUGUGUUCCCCCCCCCCCAUGCAUUUAUCGACUGUUCGAGUCUGUCAACCAGCUGGUGGUGAAAUUGGACGCUGUUGUGGUUGACGCGUUAUGCAAGUCCACGUCUAGGCGUGCCACCACAUUGCUCCCCAGCCAUGGUAGCAUUUGUGGACUCGAGCAGAUUUCGCGCAGCCUGAUUGACGCGUUUUGCGAGUCUUGCCGGCCAAGUUUUUGGUUUAGCACACCUACACCGCGGCCUGUUUCGUGGAAAAUUCGCCACCCCUUAAGGCCCACCAGUAGAGCUCAGUAGGCCGACCUAAAGUUCACGUGACAGUUGACUGAAGUCGCGUCCCUAUGCCGAUCCUCCCCACUCAGAAAUCUCGGUCAUAACCUUUGCGCAUGUAUUCCAUCUCUCUAGUGCUGUCUUAAACAGCACUUCCAUCCUCUCUGCUGUCUUUAUGUGUUCGUCUAGGCUCGUUGGCAGCCAAUGCAUUCGCAAGUCAUACACUUCAUUUCAUUGUUGCAUUGUAUCGUUUUAUUAAGGUUGUGGCCCCCGGCACUGUUUGAUCCCCCAAGAGGCGAUGACAUGGGGGCGAUUUACUCCAAAUCUUUUUACCUUUUUCAUGUCCUCAACGGCAGAGGAUAAACCAAAAUGUUUCAACUUAUUCUCCUUUUUUUCUGAAUUUCAGGGAGUCUUCAAUCCAGCUCUUACUCAUGAGUCUUGGCGUGGGCACCAUGCAUGCCCUCUCCUCUCUGCCGGCCUGA